UGUUGGAAGGACAGAAUGCCCAGUUAAACCAUAACACCACACAAAACCACCUUUACCCUGAUUAGCUACGUAAGAUUGUGACAGCGAAUCUCUUACAAAAAUCAGGUGUUCAUUUGAAGAGGAGAACCAAUGGAGGAGAUGGAUGUAGAUCUACAGCUGGGAGGCACAGAGGUAGUGGUUGGUCAGGACGGGGCUGAUUCCCCCAUAGUCAUCCCUGACUCUGUGAGCAGCACUGAUGUGGAGGAGGAUGAGGAGCUGGAUACACAGCGUCGUGAUCCACCACAACUCCUGAUGAGUGCCUGGGCUUUCAGCCAGAGGGUGGAAGUUGGGCCCAGGACCACACCUGUCCCCCCAGCACCUCGGAUAAGGAGGAGACGGAAUGCAAGGUCUGGUCCUCGCCACCACUCUUCCACCCAGCCUCCCCUGUCUCAUAACAGACCGCUGGACUUUCUGCUGCGUGUGCCAGCGGCCAGCACUGUGGAGCCUGGCUCUGGCAGCACCACUGAGGUGAGUGAGUCUGAAGAUGAUGCGGACACUGCAGCCCCAGGCAGCCCUCUCAUCCCUCCUGCUCCCUCUGACACCAGUCCGGAUACUCCAGUGGUCCCCACACCACUCCACAACCCUUCUGCUUCAGAUGCCGAUGUUGCCGUGGAGACGGAGAGGCUAGCACCUGCAGCUGAACAACAGACAGAGAAGUGUUGGUCAGCUCCAGCAGCUCCCAGUGUCCCAAAAGCUCCCCCUGCUGGCGAAGAGGAGGGUGAAGAUGGCGAAGGGGAGACCUGCUCCAUUUGCUUUGAGCCCUGGACCACUGCUGGGGAACACCGGCUGGCCACGCUGCGCUGUGGACAUCUCUUUGGCUUCACCUGCAUUGACCGCUGGCUACGGGGGCAGGGUGCCAAGUGCCCACAGUGCAACAAGAAGGCCAAGCGCACAGACAUCGUCAUGCUGUAUGCGCGUAAGCUGCGGGCCCUGGACAACAGUGAGCAGGAGAGCAUGAAGAGGUCACUGGAGCAGGAGCAGACACUGCGCAGGAAAGCAGAGUUGGAGUCUGCACAGUGUCGGCUGCAGUUGCAGGUGCUGACGGACGAGUGCGGGAAACUGCGCAGACAGUUACAGGAGCUAAAGGCACUGAUGGCCCAGUCAGGAUGUGGCCCCUCUCAGUCCUCUGGGGCCACCCUGUCACAGUCCCAGCGACAGGACACAGCUCAAGGGGGCCACUAUGUGUUUGCUAAAGCGGUGCUGGUUUCCCAGACGGGUGGAUGUAGGGUGCUGUCCUACUGCGAGCCUCUCAGCUGCCUGCUAGCCUCCCAGCCCUCACCACAGGCCACGCUUGUACCUGGUUGUGGGGUGAAGAAGAUAAGCACAGUGAAUCUGAAAGCCUGCCAGUACGUGCCCAUCCAUGCCAAACAGAUUCGUGGCCUGGCCUUCAGCAAGCAGGCAGACAGCCUUCUGCUCUCUGCAGCGCUGGACAACACUGUCAAACUCACCAGCUUGCUGACCAACACGGUGGUGCAAACAUACAACACUGGCCGGCCAGUGUGGAGCUGCUGCUGGUGCCUGGACAACAACAACUACAUCUAUGCUGGCCUGAGCAACGGCUCAGUUCUAGUGUACGACACCAGGGACACCAGCACGCACGUCCAGGAGCUUGUCCCGUUGGGAUCCAGGUGUCCAGUUGCGUCCCUGUCCUAUAUACCUCGAGCUGCCUCUAGCUCCUUCCCCUGCGGUGGCCUCAUCGCAGGCUCCUUGGAAGGUGGCUGCUUCUGGGAACACGUAGAUGAGACUUCAUACAGGCCUCAUGUCCUGCCACUGGAGACGGGGGGCUGCACAGAUAUCCAGGUGGAGCCAAACAGCCGCCACUGCCUGGUAACGUACAGGCCAGGCCGCUCCAACCCGUCCCUGCGCUGUGUUCUCAUGGAGCUGACCCGCGCCCCUCAGCAGGAUGGUGCCCAGCAGCCGGCCUGCUCCUGCUACCCUGUACAGACCUUCAGCGCCGGCUCCUCCUGCAAGCUGCUCACCAAGAAUGCAGUGUUCAGGAGUCCUGCUCGGGAGGACUCCACACUGGUUUGUGCUGGGGAUGAGGCCUCCAACUCCACCAUGGUGUGGGAUGUGGGCAGUGGGGCUUUGAUCCAGAAACUGCCGGCUGACCUCCCAGUGUUGGACAUCUGCCCCUUCGAGGUGAACCAGGGCAGCUACCUGGCCUCCUUGACAGAGAAGAUGCUGAAGAUAUAUAAGUGGGAAUGACUUGGUAUCUGAGAGAUUAGGGGAACACAGACUACAGGUUUGCAUCAGUGAUGCUGAGUGGUAUUACAACCCAGAGUUUCCAAUGGAGCUGGUGUUGUGAGCAUCAAAUUGUGAAAUUUGAGCCGGGCAAGGUUUUCAUCCCUCUGAAGAUUUGCGACAGCCUCUUCUCUAGCACUGAAAAACCAGUAUCAGGAAGAGCACCAUUCUAAACACAGUUGGAUUCACAGCAGCCAUGAACAAAAACAUAAACACACAAAGGUGGCACUGAUCUGAACAGCCUCUCUUGGCUACUAAUCUCAAACACAUGGAUUGAUAGUGACACCACAUGUUGCUGUAAUUUCCGGUGCUAACAAAAAAUACCUUAUAUGGGACGUACUCUGCUUUAGGAUGUGUGUGUGUGUGUUAGAAGCUGAUUUCAAAUCGCUGUUGAUAAAGCAGCUAUUCAGCUGUUACUAUUCUACAGUAUUUCCCAGAUUAGACUACAGAUAUGAAUGAGCAGAUGAAUUAUGGCAUGGCCUGGAAUCUGACUUGACUCAAGUGCUUUACAUCCAGAAUACUUUUGUACUUUUGUAUAUCUGUUUUAUUCACCACAGACCAGCUCAACGAGAUUUGCACUAGAUUGUCUUUAUGUUGCUUUUCAGAGGACUUGCAAGGUGAUAUAUUCUCUGAGGUGAAGCUUUGAUUUGAAAGAACAGCAUAGAGAAAAUCAAUGUUGAGUAUCAACAAUACACAGGCAUUGCAGAAUGAAAACAAAGCAUCUGAGAAAGCAGAACCUGGUUUCCCUAAGUAUGCAUAUGUCGUUGUCUACAUGUCUUUACUGCAACUGUAAAUGAAUGCAUAAAGCAGUGGCUGCUCUUCAAUCCCUUUGUUAUUCAGAACUGAGUCAGAACUGUCAAUAUCUCAUGAUUUCCUUGUCUGCAUCAUCAACUGAGUUACCUUUUUAGUCUGAAACAAUCCACCAAACAUUAACUAGAAACAAAUCUGCAACAGUUUGUAAUCUGUAACAAUAGGUCAUCUGGGCAAGUAGCAAGGAAAAAAUGUCUACAAAGAUUAUAUCC